GACAUGACUCAUUCCACUAAGAACUUUAAGAUCCACCAAUACCUUUCUCUUCCUAUAAAUACAUUUCCUGAAUCCAUGGUUAGAGUCAUCACUCUAAACGUCUGACAAUCACACAGCAUUCUGGGAAUAGAAAGCAAAAACGGAAUCACAUUGGAGCAAUAGCAAUUCAUCAAAUAUGAAGACACAGAAGCUGACACAUGUUUUUGGAACUCCGGUCGGCUCACAUGUGGCAUAUCUGGGUGAGAGGACACCAAAAAGAAUUUUACAAGAUCCUGCUACUGCUACUGCUACUGCUAGCCGAUACCAAAUUUCCGCUUCUUCAAUUGGAUCUCUAAAAUUAAAACAGAAAAAAGUAGAUUGGAAGAACAAACUUGGAGGAAAGCAAGACAAUCUUGCAAAUGGCAUCAGAGAGCAUGUGAGAUUAGGGCCCAAGAUCACUGAAACUGUGAAGGGGAAACUGAGUUUGGGAGCUAAAAUUAUUCGAGUAGGCGGUGUGGAUAACAUUUUCAAGCACCACUUCAGCAUUAGAGAAGGAGAGAAGCUGCUAAAGGUUUCCCAAUGCUAUUUAUCAACAACAGCUGGUCCAAUAGGAGGCCUCCUCUUCAUCUCCACUGACAAAGUUGCCUUUUGCAGCGACAGAUCCAUCAGAUUGUCUUCUCCAACUGGCGAGUUUGUUAGAAUUCGUUACAAGGUGUUGAUCCCGGUAGGAAAGAUAUUGAGAGCCGAGGAAAGCCAAAAUGUGAAGAGACCAUCACGGAAGUACAUAGAAAUAGUUACUGUGGAUGAUUUUGAUUUCUGGUUUAUGGGAUUCUUGAAUUGUCGAAAAACAUUGAAAUGUCUUCAGCAGGCAAUCUCUCAAGCCCAAUGAUACACUUCUGUAGUCAAGUACUCUGUACAAAUUUUGCUACUUCGGCUUACUUUGCUUCAAAGCAAAGGAAUGUAUUGAUAAAUGACAUCAUUGAGCUAUUUGACAUUAUGGAUAUCAUUAUGAUUCAA